CGUUCCUCAUUCUGCGUCCGCCACGACGUACCAUCGCGUACUCUCCCACUAUUUUGUUGCUCUGCUAAACACUCGACACCCCGCUAAGCCAUAAUCGUCUCCGGCCGUCCAGAGGUCGCCCACGCUCAUUCUGUCGUCUUACUCCUCACACCCACCGAAAAUGCUCGGGACCAUCGACUACUCGGUUAUCGUGCCCGCCUACAAAGAGGCGAGCAACCUGCGCCCGCUCGUGACGCGCAUCUUCGCCGCAUUGAACCGCAUCGACUCGCCCGUACCGGCGGGGCAGGUCGAGAUCAUCGUCGUGGACGACAACUCGCGCGACGGCUCCGUGGAGGUCGUCCAAGCACUACAGCAGGAGGGUUACAACGUCCGCAUCGUGGUUCGCACGACGGAGCGCGGGCUGAGCAGCGCUGUCGUGCGGGGCUUCCAGGAGGCGCAGGGCGAUAACAUGUUGUGUAUGGAUGCGGACUUGCAGCAUCCACCAGAAUACGUACCGCAAAUGCUCGCUGCCAUGUCCGAAACGAAACUCUUCGUGCUCGGGACACGGUAUGGUGCCGGUGCCGGUGCCGUAGACGAGGGCUGGCCCCUCUACCGUCGCGUUAUCUCAAACGGCGCUCGUCUGCUCGCCCUCCCGCUCACCUCCGCAAGCGAUCCCAUGUCUGGCUUCUUUGGCAUUCGGAAAGAAGCUUUCCUGAAGGCCAAGAAUCUCAACGUGAGCGGCUUCAAGAUCGCCCUCGAGCUCCUUGUCAAGGCGCAGAUCCACUCCAACGCGAUUGCGGAGGUGCCGUUCGCGUUCGGGCUGCGUGCAGCGGGCGAGAGCAAGCUGACGAGCAAGGUGAUGCGGCUCUACAUCGAGCAGCUGCUCGAGCUGUACUGGUACGGCUACAACGGCCUCAUUGCGUUCGCAUUCCUGCUGUUCAUCGCGCUCAUCUUCCUCGUGUGGCGGUAUCUGACCACGAGCAGCGAGCCGCUGAUGGCGACAACGGUGCAAGGAGGGGGGCACGGGAGAGGCUAGUGAGUGGUACCGCUGGACAUUUGAGUUGUGUAUCAUGCGUAAUAUAUACCCCUCUAUUCAUUGAAUGGGCCGGGCGUUCGUACGUGCGUUAGCUUGGGCAGCUCUCCGGAUUCAUGUUGGGGGGACCGCGGAGCGAACGAUUGUGUCUCUUGAUGGCUGAUGCUGUGGUUCGCAGGGCCAUAGUACUAGGCGAUUCUCAGUGGUCGUCGCACUCAAGCCUACUGUCGACGCAACUCGUUUGAGCCCGCCACGCAUGUACUCACGCUCACGGUGAUACCAU